CGCCAUUUGUGGGACGGACUCCCGACCAACAGUGAGCUUUUCUGUUUCCGCAUGUGCUCUGCUUAUAUCUCUAUUUCCUUGAAUGAUUCGAGCAUUCGAAUACUGCAUAGCGGUGCAACGUAGAGUCUGACAGACUAACCAAGACAGCGUUGAAGUCACCGCGGUCAUGUCCGAACUGAACAUCGCCGGUCGCCCACGUCGCUCAACACGUACGCCUGCCAAGGCCCCGGUCACCCUUUCAACAUCAGAGAACACAUCGAAAUUCCGCGUCAAGUGGAAGGAACCACAGUCCGAUAAGGACAAAACCGACAAGCUGUCAGCUCUUCUCAUGAACCCAAAGAGCAAGCUCACAAAGAUAGAUUGUGCCGAUGUCCUAAAUUACGAGAACUUCCUAGACUUGUCCCCUGAGUCGCAAGAUCUGCUCGUGGCCCUGCUGCCGCCCACAUCGUUCUAUACAUUCCGCCCAACCAUACCUCCCACGCAUUCUUCCCGCCAAGCGCCGACUGUGCCGCAGCCAGAAUUUCAAGAACAAAGCACAGCGACACUAGACCCUACGACUUUUACCUCACCUUUCUUCCUCUCUGCUGCGCGGACGUUCCAGGACCACUUAUUCUCCGGCUGGUUCGGCAAGAAAGCAAAAGAAAACCUCGACCAGUUCACCGUGGGCGUCCGAGAGGGCGAUCUGCAUGCGGAGUGGAAAGAUGAUGCCUGGCUGCGCGAACAUCCGUCCCGAGAAGCGCGGUACUUUUUGGGGAGCAAUGAACUUAUUCACGGACGAUUAAGUCCGCAGCGGAUCGAUAUGAGCACCUUGGCCGAACAAGGACUAUUGCAAGAAGGUGAUAUCCUCUCCUACCGCCGAGAGUUCCCCGAUUUGCAGCUGGUCGUAGAAAAGGAUGUACUAAUCGAUUCAAUUGAUCAGCGCACUUACACUCUCGGUGUUUUGAUACCACCGGGCACCUCACGCAGCUUGCAUGGGUCCCUUCUCAUCAAUGGGCAUGAGGAACUUGCACCAGGGGACCACACGCAGUCCAUGGAAGAUGUCUCGGAUCCAAGGACAUUGGAACAUGGCAUACUAGAUGUUGAUGGACGUGUAAGCCGGGCAGAUAGGCACGAGGCCCCGGUGCCGACUGUGCACGCGAGCUCCGCGGACUAUGCGGCGCGAAGGACCAAUAUUCGCCCGUGGAAAACAUUCACCGUGUGGAGGUGGCGGGGUGAAAUGCGUAAUGCAAUUGAGAUGCAGCUGUUACAAGACAUGGGAGGCCGAGAAAGAUUUGGCACCUUAUUUUACUUGCGAGCUCACUGUCGAUAA